AUGGCGAACCAGACGAUUCUUCUUGAUUACUGGCCGAGCAUGUUCGGGAUGAGGGCAAGAGUCGCGUUGAGGGAGAAAGGUGUGGACUUCGAGUACAGAGAAGAGGAUCUCACGAACAAGAGCCCUUUGCUCCUCCAGAGUAAUCCGAUUCACAAGAAGAUCCCGGUUUUGAUCCACAACGGAAAACCGGUCUGCGAAUCUCUCAACGUUAUCCAGUACGUCGAUGAGGCUUGGUCCGACAAGACCCCUUUCUUCCCUGCCGAUCCUUACGGGAGAGCUCACGCUAGGUUCUGGGCCGAUUACGUGGACAAGAAGUUCAGCGACGCCCAGUUCAAGAUCUGGGGGAAGAAAGGUGAGGAACAAGAAGCAGGGAAAAAAGAGUUUAUCGAGGCGAUCAAGAAUCUUGAAUCUGAGCUUGGAGACAAACCUUACUUUGGUGGAGAUAGCUUUGGCUAUGUAGACAUCUCCUUGAUUACGUUCUACAGUUGGUUCGGAGCAUACGAGAAGUUCGGUAACUUCAGCAUCGAGGCCGAGACUCCAAAGCUGAUCGCUUGGUGCAAGAGGUGCAUGGAGAAAGAGAGUGUGUCUAAAUCUCUCCCUGACUCUGAGAAGAUUGUUGCUUACGCCGCUGAGUUUAGGAAGAACAAUCUCUGA